AUGUUCACACGCGUAUGUGCUCGACCUAUAUCCUCAUUCCAAGCCAGAUCGUUUUCUCUGUCGAUUGCACGCCAUGUGAAGGCCAUAGUAUACUCUCGCAAUGGCGAACCUACCGAUGUGCUCUCCGUCCGGACCCUUCCUGAACUGCCAGCACCCACUGGCGAUCAAGUCAAGUUACGGUUCAGCCUCAGCCCCGUCAAUCCUGCGGACCUGAACGUCAUACAAGGCGCCUACCCUUCCAAACCCAAGCCUAGAGAAGACCUGGGAACGUCUGAACCGACUUUUGUAGCUGGCAAUGAAGGGUUGGCUGUGGUGGAAGAGGUCGGGGACGCGGUCUCUGCCUUCUCAAAGGGAGAUUGGGUUAUUUUUAGCACUCCUCAGUUCGGGACUUGGACAAGUGAAACCUUGGCCAAGCAAAGCGAUAUUAUAUGCGUGCCGCGAUCGACUAAUUCGAUCCUUACCGAAGUACAAGCAGCAACAUUGACGGUGAAUCCACCCACAGCACUCGCCCUCUUGACGCGAUUCGUCGAUCUUGAACCGGGGGAGUUCGUUAUUCAGAAUGGGGGAAACAGCUCCGUCGGCCAGGCCGUCAUCCAGAUUGCGCAUCAGCGUGGAUUGAAGACUAUCAAUUUGGUUCGCGACAGGGAACAAAUAGAACAAUUGAGGGAGCAGCUGAGAUCUCUUGGCGCAGACUAUGUCAUGACAUACAACGAACUUGGAGAACAGUCGGCCAGGAAUACAGUAAGGGAAUGGACGGAGGGCAAGCCUAUCCGCCUGGGGUUAAAUUGCGUGGGAGGAAAGGAUACCACAUUAAUGGCACGUUUCUUGGGACAAGAUGCGCAUCUUGUCUCUUACGGGGCCAUGUCGAAGGCACCACUUUCCCUUCCAACGUCGUUGUUCAUAUUCAAGAAUCUUACGUGCCACGGGUAUUGGCAGUCGCGCUGGUAUCUCCAGCACAGCGCAGAGGAACGGCAACAACUGAUUGAGGAGCUUGUCCAAAUGAUGGAGAGUGGCAUUGUAUGUGAUGCAUCCAGGUGCUUUGUCAAGGACUGA